AUGUCUGCUCCUUGGCCUUUCGUAGCUUGGGGGAUAGAUGUUAUUGGUCCAAUUGAGCCAAAAGCUUCUAAUGGGCACAGAUUCAUUCUAGUUGCCAUUGACUACUUCACCAAAUGGGUAGAAGCUGUUACAUUCAAAUCAGUCACCAAGAAAGCGGUUGUAGACUUUGUUCAUUCUAACAUCAUAUGUCGUUUUGGUAUACCAAAGACCAUUAUCACGGAUAAUGCAGCCAAUCUUAAUAGUCAUCUCAUGAAGGAGGUAUGUGAGCAAUUUAAAAUUAUGCAUCACAACUCUACCCCUUAUCGUCCCAAAGCCAAUGGAGCUGUUGAAGCUGCAAACAAAAACAUUAAGAAGAUCCUUAGGAAGAUGGUGCAAGGAUCCAGGCAAUGGCACGAGAAAUUGCCUUUUGCGCUUUUAGGGUACCGCACAACUAUCCGCACGUCUGUUGGCGCAACUCCUUACUUAUUAGUUUAUGGAACUGAAGCAGUCAUACCAGCAGAAGUAGAAAUCCCCUCUCUUCGAAUCAUUGUGGAAGCAGAGAUUGAUGACACUGAAUGGGUCAAAUCUAGACUAGAACAAUUGUCGUUAAUCGAUGAAAAGCGGUUAACGGCGAUUUGCUUUGGCCAGUUAUACCAGCAAAGGAUGGCUCACACUUACAAUAAGAAGGUGCGUCCAAGACAUUUUGAGGUUGGGCAACUUGUUGUGAAACGCAUCCUUCCGCACCAAGAAGAGGCGAGGGGAAAAUUCGCCCCAAAUUGGCAGGGCCCUUAUGUUAUCAAACAAGUGUUGUCAAAGGUAGCUUUGCAGUUGUCCGAUAUAGAAGGAAAUAUGGCUGACAUAGCCAUUAGUGCAGACUCAGCCAAAAGAUAUUAUGUUUGA